UUUAAUUACCAUGUCCAAAGUUUAUGUAUCGUAUUUCCGGUCACUUGUCAACAAUUUAAUUAAGAACGCUGAUUAGAGCGCCCUUUGUUGGCAGGGAAAACUAGGACACACAGUCAAAUGCCAGUUAGUUGCCCAAACACACUUAUGUACAGUAUAUGCACAUUUUCGGAGUAGCAUGACAAUUUAUUAUUAAUGGCUCAGUUGUUGAAUAUUUCGUUUAAGAAGAACGACCUUUACUCUUCGUGGGGUUUUCAAGUAUGUGGUGGAAGAGACAGUUGGCGACCACUGACCGUGAGAAAUGUCCAAAAUGGCACUUUAGCGUACAACUAUUUAAAUGUCGGUGAUCGUGUCUUAGAGAUCGAUGGAAUAGACUGUUAUUCGUUAACCGAGUCACAGGCAAUUAGUUUCCUCCGAAGGCCGAGUAAUUCGAUUGAACUAUUAAUAUUAAAACGACGGGGUGAAAACGUCGUACCGCCCAAAAGGUCAUCGAGUUGUAAAGCUUUACAACAUUUUGUCUUUCCAAAACAUAAUAGUAUAUCAGAACCUAGUUCUCCGCGCCACCAAAUUAUCAAUAAUAAUGUAGAAAUCUCACCUAAUCCAGAAAACCAAUUGCGUGAACUUGAAGAUUCGGAAGAAACCCUAAAACGAUGUUUUGAAGAUCCUAACAAAGAAUUUGUCUCAUCACCCAUAAAGAAUGACAAUGAGGUAUUACAGUUUUCAAACUUCAAACCUCGAAGGAAUUCGUUUCAAAAAGACAGUGAACCGCCGGUGUGUCUCAGAAGUCGGUCGAGUUCACCUCAGUUCUGGAAAACAAAUGUGGAAACUUCGGUCACUGGACCAUCUAGUGAUUGUAAAAGUUUUUGGAAAAAAUUAGAAAAAUGUUCAAUGGAAGACUUGAGUGCCCGUCGCACUCCAAGUCCAAUAAGACCAGCAAGUGUGGCAUUCUAUCCCAAAACACCCGAACCUCUUCAGUCAAACGCUGAAAUAGUUUCGCCAAAGAAAAAGGUGACUUUCAGCAAUGUAUUGUUGGAGAGAAAUUAUUUGCAAAUGGAUUUACCAGAUUUAUCUCCUGGGUCGAGAGUCGACGAAGAAUUUAAUAAAAUAUACAACAGUUCCCGUCAGGAAGAACAGUAAGUUUUUUUUUCAAAUCAAUAAGACAAUAACUUUAAACAUUAUACCUAAAAUCUAUA